AUGCACCAGUUUGAUCUCUUGUACAUGCCCCAUGACAAGCUGUAUGGUAAUACAUACAAGUAUAUCCUCACAGGCAUCGAUGUUGCCUCGAGGUAUAAGGUCGCAAGACCCCUGAGAACGAAGAAAGCCAGUGAAGUAGCUGACAUGCUCAAGGACAUUUACAAAGCGGGACCUCUCAGAUACUCAAAGAUUUUCCAGGUGGAUAAUGGCUCAGAAUUUAAAUCAAAUGUGAGUACCCUGUUAGAGGCUAAGGGUGUCGAAAUAAAACGUGCUACUACUAAGUAUCACCAUACUUUCACGGCGUUCGUGGAGUCGUAUAACAAGGUACUUGCGGAGAGAUUGUUCAAAUCUCAGGACGCACAAGAGUUGGUCACUGAUGAAACUAGUACCACAUGGGUCAAACACCUAUACACCAUCGUCAAGAGAUUGAACAAUACAAAGACGGCUAUGAUCGGCAUGAAGCCAAGCAAGGCCAUUAAACUCGAUGAAGUACCGCUUGCAAAAAGUGGGGAAUAUCCCGAUGAGAAACCUCUACCCGACGAUUGA